GCGAACGCUGAAAUAGUCGGCAAACCACAAUGAAACACUGACAAUGACCAUUCAAAAUUUAAACCCUAACGGUUUUUUUUAUGUACGUUAAUUAAUUCAGCUUUGAAACCAGCAGUUUUAAUUGCUUAAUUAUACCUAAAUUUAAUGCAAUAAUAAGUAUGUGCUGAUUGUGCAAUGCUUAUUUAAUCGAAAGCGCAAACUUCGUGCGAAUAAUAGGCAAACCAGGCUAAGUAACGCUUUGAAAUAACUUCGAAAUCUUAUAGAAAUAGAAGAACAUAAGAAGAUAAGCACAUUUGCGUGCAGCUAAUAGUCUUGUCUUUUAGGCAAGCUAGAUUAGGAAUAAACCUAACGCUCAAGAUGCAAGAAAGCAGUCACACAAAUUGAAACAAUUUCUCUUUAACUAGGAUCGGAACAAAGGAAUAUAAUGAAUUGGGCUUACUUCCCCCGGAAUAGACCCACAGACACAACGUAGACACCGUAGAUUGUUCUUGCAGGCUCCAGCAACGCAACCACCAAUUCUUCUUUGUUCUUCGAGUCGGAACUUAUACCAUGGAGCGAUGGGUGGGACAGACCGCGGUGGUGACGGGAGCUGGCUCGGGGAUCGGUGCCGCGACUGCUGCUGCUUUGGCUGAGGCAGGGCUGAGAGUCGUCGCCGUUGAUAUAGCUACUGAGAACGCCAUUACCGAUUAUUUGUCCCCGCUGUUGAAGCCCGAGUUCCUGAAGAACGUGAUCCCGAAGCAGGUGGAUGUGACCGACCACAAGCGGCUCGAGGAGCUGUUCUGCUGGAUCGACAAGUUCGGUGGCGUGAGCGUCCUUGUCAGCUGCGCUGGAGUCAUGUUUCCUGGACAAGUUACAGACGUAGGCAAAGACGUGGUGAGUGCGGAGAAACUAAGCCGGACGCUGGACGUCAACACCAAAGGGGUGAUCCUGUGCGCUAAGUUUGCUGUCGCUUCUAUGAAGAAACGGUGCAUAGACGGCCACAUUGUGAACAUCAAUAGUUUAGCGGGCCACUACGUGCCUUUCAACUCGCACAUGAACGUGUACUCGGCUUCUAAACACGCCAUCACCGCUUUCAACGGAGUUCUCAGCCAUGAGCUAGCUGACUUCAAUAGCAAGAUCAAACUUACGAGCAUCUCACCAGGUAACACGAUGACCGAGCUCGCAAGCAAGUCGCUCGAGUAUGUCAGCAAGGAAUCCAAUAAGUUGGCGCUUCAACCCAGCGAUGUUGCCAGUGCGGUGCUGUACGCGCUUUCUACUCCACCUCACAUUAAUAUAAACGAAUUAACUAUCACAUCAGUAGGAGAGCAGCGGCUAUAAGAAGACUGCAGAAAAGGUAUCCCCUGCAUAGAAGUUUGUAACCUCAAAACAUAGAGAAUGAUCUCUAAUCAUGGAGGUAUUAUGCAAUGCUGUUGUUGCGAUGCGAUAUUCACAAAAAAGCUGUCCUACCUUUGCAUACCUAUAUUAUAUAUAUAUAUAUAUAUAUA